ACGAGUGCCGAUUUAGUGCGUUGUUCUUGCGGUAAUUUCGAAAAUGUCUACGAUUCAUUUUUCAACCGGUUUGUGGCCAUACCGAAACGACGAGGAAAAAAAAGCUUAAAGUGCAAUGGCCGCCGUGAUGAUAUGAGCUCAUUUCGGUUUGUCAUGGUUAAGUUAGGUUAUAUUGAACAGCACAUUAUUUUUAAGUUUAUAUUUUUAAGAAGGAUUUAAAACUAAAUUUUUAGUUUAAAAAUAACGUUAAACAAUAAGUAAGUGUGCUCUGCAAUAAUCUAAUUUGCUAAUAGUUUGUAGCGAAUAAAAUUUAAACGUAUAAAAUCAAGUUGAAAAAAAAAAUAUUGCUUCAUUUUCAUCGCUACGACACGACAAGAGAAAAGAAAAAAGAAGAACGAAGAUAGAGAAGAGAAGUAGAAGGAAAAAGGCAAAAAAGAGAAAGAGCCGAAGAGAAGAAGGAAGGAAAAAAUAGACGACGACAACGAGUGAAGAGAAAUAUCGUGUGCGUGUGACUUUUUUUUUAUACGUUUAUAUUACUCCGCAUACCUUUAUACUGAGAGAGAGACCGACACACUACAUAUAUUGAAAUAUACAUCCAUCUAGCGCGUUCAUUAUAUUUGAGAACUAAACGAAUUGAAAAAGCGUAAAGAAUUUUUUUAAACGUGAACACCAAGCCAACUACAAUGGAGGAAGAUGAAAGAGGUAAAUUAUUUGUCGGUGGUUUGUCAUGGGAAACUACCCAAGAAAAUCUUCAACGGUAUUUCGCACGCUAUGGCGAAAUUAUCGACUGCGUAGUUAUGAAAAAUAAUGACACGGGUCGUUCGCGUGGUUUUGGCUUUGUCACCUUUUCCGAUCCCAACAACGUCGGAAUUGUGCUAAAAAACGGGCCGCAUACAUUGGAUGGCCGUACAAUUGAUCCGAAACCAUGCAAUCCGCGUACAUUGCAAAAACCGAAGAAAGGUGGCGGCUAUAAGAUCUUUUUGGGUGGACUACCAUCCAAUGUCACCGAAACCGAUCUACGUACAUUCUUUGGGCGCUACGGCAAAGUCACCGAAGUCGUCAUCAUGUACGACCAGGAGAAGAAGAAAUCGCGUGGUUUUGGUUUCCUCUCGUUCGAAGAUGAGGGUUCGGUUGAGUGCGUCACCAACGAGCGCUACAUCAACUUGAAUGGCAAGCAGGUUGAGAUCAAGAAGGCCGAGCCACGCGACGGCGGCGGCUACAACAAGAUGAGCACCGAUCCAAACCAAUGGAAUCACCAUCAAGGAGCCCCAUUAGGAAUGAUGCAAGGUCCCAAUGGCCAGAUGAACGGCCCGCAGAUGAAUAUGCCGAUGGGUGCACCGAACAUGAUGCCAGGCUAUCAAAACUGGGCUACAUCGCCACAACAACAAGGAUAUGGGUACGGUAACUCGAGUGCUCCAAACUCGUACCAGGGAUGGGGUGCACCACCACAAGGACCUCCACCACAAUGGUCUAACUACAAUCCGCAACAAACAGCAGCCGGUGGUUACAACAACUACGACAAUUUGCAAUACAAUUCGACGGCUGGCGGAUCUGCAAACUGGGCCUGGUUGCCAAAUCCACCAAACAACACAGCAGGCACUGGUGGUUCCGGUCCCGAUAUCUAUUCGCGUUCGCAAUGGACAGGCAAUGCGCAAUCAACAACUGGCCCAUUGAGCGGCAUUCGUGCCGGUCCAGGUAAUUCAGCAUCAAAGAGCGGAUCCGAAUAUGACUACAGCGGCUAUGGAUCUGGCUCCGGUUAUGAUUACGAUUACAAUAAUUACGCAAAGGAUCAAAAUAAUUAUACACAACGUACAUAUGGCAACGAUACAACAGUAUCCUCACAAUAUCCGCCAAGCCAGCAAGCUGUUUAAACUUUAGACACCCGCCCCCCCGCCCCUCUCGUUUUAAAAUAGCAUGCAAAACAACUAUGAACUUUCUUUUUACAUCUCUAAUUAAAUCAAUUAUCAAACAAGAAAUAAUAAUUAACUACUUUAAACAAGAUUUAAAAGAAAAUGGUAAAGAAAACACAACAACAAGAAGAUAGAAAAAAAAUGUCUAAAAAAACCCAAAAAAAUUAUUCAACACAAAAGCAGAAUAUAUUAUUACUAUUAUGAUGUAUACCUAAUUAUAUAACAAUCUAUAUAUGUAAAGAAAAACGUAAGCAACUCUACACAAGAAAAAAAACAAGUGGAAAAAACAACAGCCAAACCGUGUAACUCUAAGCAAAUAACGAGGAAUUCUAUAUCUCCAAUAGGUUUAUUUUCCGUUCGCAUUUGACACAAACACACAAAAAAUCACACAGACUUAGCUACACACACUUUGCACACUCAGAUUUCAAAAAAAAAAACCCACAUACAUUUCCUUUAACUUUUGCGUUAUUGUACUUCUUUUUCAUUUAAUUCUUAUUUUUUAACAAAAGAUUUUUUUCGUUUUAUGACACUGUCAUUCAUUUCAUGAGGACAAAAACCAGCUUAAAAUCGCUUCAAACGAGAAAUUUUCAAAAAAAGGGAUAAUUCGGAUACACAAUUUUUUUUUUUCGUUUGUUUUUUAAAAGAGAAAGAGAGAGAGGUUGAUAAAAAAGAAUAAAUUUUAAUUUUGCACUCAUUUCGAUUAUAAUAUCAUAUAUCGUGAUUUACAAAGAAAGAAUUACGUUAUAAUUUUUGUUCUCUAAUUAGUUGUUUCACGUGUGCACGUGAGCAUCAAAAAAGCGGUAAAGAUUUAAUGUUUAAACGUGAACAUAGAAAAUGAAACUAAUAGAUUUUAAAAGAAAGAAAAAAAAACAAGUUAAAACAAAUUAAAUUUAGAGCAAACGAUAAAGAUUGUACUAAUUUAUAUAAAGUAAACAAACAAACAAAAAAAACAUAGAGCAUACAAGAAAAACCCGACUGACACAAAAACAAAUUUGAUAAUAUUUAAAGUAACAGUAAUUCAUAACGAGAGUAAAGCCGUAAAGUUAUAUUUAUACAAGUUUUUAGUAGAUAAAAAUCCACAGAAAAUCCCAAUCAACAAUAACAACAACAACAGUCAUAGCAUGUCAAUUGCCCACUCUCUUCUUGGACAAGAAUUUGUUUUUAGCAAUGAUCGAUUUCGAAAUUAAAACAACAACAACAGCACACAAUCAAAUUUGUUAUCAUUGAUUGAUUAGAGCAAGCAAACAAUUAAAAUUCAUUUGUAAUCGAACACUAUAUCGACGGAAAAUCGAAACUGAAUUCGAUUUUCUCGUCGUAGGAAUUUCUUUUUUGUAUUAAAUUUGAUUAAAAGUAUCUUGAACACAUUCAUUGUAAUAAAAUCCAGGACAAGUGUUUAUAUAUAGUCGAUUUGAAUGAUUUUUUUCCCAAACAAACAAUAGCUUCGGUCGAACAAUUUUGCAAGCAUCAACACAAAAUACCAACAACAAAAAAUUGAGUGAAACAAAAUGAAUCCACUUCAAAAGAGAUUUUAUGAUAGCAAUUGUAUUCUUUAGUAGAUUUAACAAACACACACACACACCAACAAAUGUUUGGAAUAUCAUGAUUUUUUAUCAUUCAUUUUCUUCUCCCAUUUCCCCUCAGUUGAUACGAGAGAGGAGAGAGGGACAGAAAUACUAAGACCAGAAUACAACACACAUGUUAUGAAAGGCGUGGAAUGGGAAAUUUUGUUGUAAAAAUGAGAAUUAAUUUAGCAAAUAGUACAUAACCGCUGACUUUGAUACUUUGUGUAAAAGUUUACGUUUUUUCUUCUUUGGGAACACCGAUGCUCAACAAGUGCAUUAAUUAAAUAAUUGGAAUGAGUUUCUUUUUUUUAAAAGUAAUAAUGAGUAAAAAAAAAAAUAAAAUAGGAAAAUUAUACAUGAACACUACCUUUUUUUUGUAAGCACACACAAACCACAUAUUUUUCGAUAUAAACAAUUAUAAUUAACAUGCAGAAAAUAUUGAUCUUUUUUUUAUUUUGGUAUUAUUAUCAUUUUGAUGUAAAUUGAAACCUGUUUUUGUUUUUAUGUUCGCAUAUGAUUUUUCCUCGUUGUUUUGAAUACGAAUCGGCAUGAGGCCGUCUCUCCAUCUUGAUGCAAGAGACGAUCAAAAUAGUCGUUCAUUAUUAUUUUUUGGUUUGGGUUCAAUUGUUUUUUUUUUAUUGCAUCAGUCGCGCGUCACUGCAGCGCGUACUGAAGAGAGAAAGAGAAAAAAGAGAGUGUUUCGUUGCAAAAUCAGAUCAUAAUAAUACAUCAAUCAACAUAAUCUAUAACCAUUACUAACAUUUUUGACUUUCAUUUUAUUUUCGAAAAAAUUUUCACCCUUUUAACUUCCUUAUUAAAGAUUUUAAUCAACAUUAAUCGGUUUUUUGUGUUCUUUUUCACUGAUGAGGUUUUUUAUUUUGUGUUUUUUUUCUUUUUUGGUUUGUCUUGCACCACACUAUGUUUUAGUACUAACCCCUUUUCUUUUUUAUAUUCAUAUAAUAUUAUUACUACUAACAUCGCGCUACGCAUUAAAGCACACAAUUAGGCAUAUAUAUGUUGAAAUGCGUUGGGCAACUAGGAGGUGUUUGUUUUGACAUAUAUAAUUUUUGUAUGGUGUUUUUUCCCUUUUCGUCUGUGGAAUGGAUUUAAAUAUUUUUGAAUUGGAUGGUUGAAAGAAAUCGCAGAUCGUUUUAUUUCGAAAUAAUCAUCUUUCGUUUUUUUUUUAAAGAACCAAUUAACGAGCUUGAGUGUGUGUAUGAUUCCAAAUAGACAUUUCAUUUGUGUUUAGAUUUUGACCAACAACAAUAAUAACUCAAUUUUGUUUUUCAAACGAAUUGGCUGGAGUUUUUUUGUUUGUCAUACACAAGCACACACAAACUCACAAUCUUAUCCAGUUUUUUCUAUUGACUACUCGAUAUAAUAAUGUAAUAAUAAUGUGUAAAAUUUAAUUAAAUGUAAAAAAAAUCUAGAAAACCUUUCAAAAAAAAGAGAAAACUUUGACAAAGAAAAAAAAAAGUAAUCAAUUCUGAGCGAAAACAUCCGUUGACCGAUCAGAUGCAACCACAAACGAUCAUAAAAAAAGAAUAUUUUCCUCUGAUUUCGAAUAAUGUGGUUUUAAAAAAAAAAACAUACAUGCAUCCCAAUAAGCGACGCAAGCGUAUCGAUAAAAAUUACACUCAAUAAAUACAAAUGUGAACAAGAAAUAGACACGACACACACACACACAGAAUAAUAAGAAACAAACAACAACUUCUAAAUACAACCAUCUAAGAGACAGAGCAAAUGGAUAGCAGAACAAAAUGUAUCCGAGACAAAGAGAAUAAGAGAAUCUUAAAAUCGAAAUACAGGCACCGAAUAAUGGUCUGAUAAUUAUAUUUUUUACUAUUUAAAAAGAAGAAGAAAAAAGAACAAACAAGGAAAAUCGUUAAAUUUAUCAGUUUUACAUCUAAUUCUUAAACAAGUAAGAAGAAAUCUCUCUUUAUUUUAUUGUUUCGAUUCAUUUUUUUCCGCGUAUAAGGACUUUGAACUUGGAGAUUCUUAAAUUUACGGUAGCUUGAAAAGUUUGUAGUUAUUUUUCUUUUCUUUUCUUUUAAAAACAAUCAUCAUCAUCAACAUGGGCAAGAGGCAGGUGAAGUUGUGAUCGAUGUGGAUGUUCUUUAAAAUGAAGACAUCGAUGGAAUUGUGAAUCGAGUUUCCAGAGCAAGAUUCGAGUUCCUGGAGUGAGAUCCAUAUUUCGGCCCCACAUCAUGACAUAAUGAUCAUUGGCAACUUCGAUCGUCGCUAAACCAGCUUAUUGCCCAUGGAUAACGAAGUACUUCUACUUAAAAUUAAUCAAACAUGUAUGAACUUGUAUACAAAACAUGCAAAGAGAACAUUUUCGUUUCUUCCUCGAUAUCCUACAAUUAACAAGCAAAAAAAUUGUUUUUAAAUUCUAUUUUAGCGAAUUUCAUUUUCUCUCUCAACUGUUUCUUUUUAGUUUAUCUUUUUCUUGAUUAAAGUUGAUUUUCCUGAUAGUUUGAGUACUCUAUAUAUAUAUGUGAGGAACAUAAGAAAUUAUCGGUUUUUGUUUUUCUUCUUCAUUUCAUAUCUAAAUAUCAUUUCGGAUCAUUUCGUUCAUAAUGAAUAGGUGAAGAUCGUAAUUUUAAUGGCUUAUGUAAUACAAAAGAAAUCUAUACCAUUGACGACAAAAACAACAGAGGUCACAUUAAACAAAUAAAAAACACAUUAAAUAUAGAUAACAAAUUGAUUUAAAAAAUUUAAUUGAGAAGAGAAAUUCACCAUUGUGUACUAUUUAAUAGAGGCUGUCGAUAUCGGUCCCAUAAGUGUUGUUGUGUGACACCAAGCGAAUAGGUUUCUAAAAAUAGCAACAACAAAAUUGUAAACAAUUAAGGCAUUGGCCUGAAUAAUCGAAACGGAUUUUACAUUGAAUUUGGCGAUGUCAAGUGUUCGGUUCAAUGAACGAACCUCUCUCGUUCAAUUCAAUGUUGGAUCCCGAUUUAAUUCAUCCACAAUGCCAACAAUGCAAAACACUCUUACGCUAGUGAAUCCAUCAGCCGUCGCGACACUCCGUUUCGACACUUCUACCUAUUACAAGUUGAAAAUUUUUUUUAAACAAAAAAAAAAACUCUAAAUCAUAGUGAGAAAGUUAUAACGUUACGAAAGAGAAAAAAAAGAAACAAUUUAUUUAUUUUUUACGUAAAAAAAGAGCAAAAACGAGAAAAAAUGAAAAACACACUCAUACACACAAGAAAAGAGAGCUAAAAUUUAAGUGAAACGUGAAGAAGAAGAAGAAGAAGAAAACAACAUGAAUUUAGUAAAUUUAAUGAUUUAAGAGAAGAGAGAGUUAAUUGUAAAUGUAAUCUGUAACUAACUAACUGAAUACAACACAACCUGAUUAUGGAGGAAAAUCAAUUUUUCUUUUCUGUUUAGUCCAUUGUUUUAGGAAGUAACACAAAUGGGAGCGUUUAAAUUUAAUUCUGGUAAAUAAGUGGAAAGAAAUCACACAAUUUUAUAGUUCAUUUUUUUUUCAUCCUGUAUGGAAACAUAAAAUAAAACCAAAAAAACAAGAAGAUAAUACACAUACACAAAAACAUACAACAUCAACAUCAACAACACAUUUUUACGCAACGUUUUUCUUUUUCGACAUAUUUCAGUUCUUUUGUAUUAGAUUACAAAGUUGUGAACCGAGCGAUUGGCCAAUUCCAAUAGUCCGGUAUAGCCAUCGAAUCGAUGUGACUGGUCGAUUGGAUCGCGAAUCGCAUGACCACACACUCUGUUUAGACGUUAAAGGUUAUAUAGAUUUGUAAAAAUAGCAAGAGCAAGUGGAGCAACCUUUAAGAUUUAUCGUGAAGCAAACAAACAAAAAAGUGUAAUUUUAAAUUGAACCAAAUGCUAUGAAAAAAAAUACGGUUUAGACAAACAAGUAAUUUAAAACAUUUAGCAAAAAAAAAAACAAAUGAGAAAAAAUGAAUAAUACCUAUUUAUACGUUUACUUAUAGAUUUCAAGAUAGAAACUAUUGCAUUAAUUUAAAGAGAAAAACAAACAAUAACAACAUUGAAUUGAAUCAAAACUGGACAACAACUCGAAAUCAUGAUAUUCACAUGUUAUAGUUGUAAUUUUACAUCAAAGCAAAAAACGGCCAAACAAUGUCAAAAGCAAUCCAAGACAGCGAAACUUCGUCCCUCUUCAAUCUGUCUAACACUAACACUUCCUAUUGGAUGAAUAAAAUGGCUUGCAAUUACUUCUUCAGAUUUUUAAUUGUAACUUAAAUCCAAUUUCUUUGCAAACCAAAAUCAAAUGAAUCCAUUUUUCUUAGUAUGGUCGUAAUCUGCUGACCAAACCACCCUUUUCUCAUUCCUUUUGACAAACCAAAUAUAACAUUGAAUUAGAGUUUUGUGGUGACAAUAGUCUCUCUCACACAUUUAAAAAAACAUACUCACACACCAGACACAUUAUAGUGGCACACAACAACAACAACUGGAACUUUUUUGCAUAGAACAUCAACAUCCAAACUAUAAAUUGUAAUUUUUUUUAAAUAGACACACACAAAUUUUCUAAAUAAACUCCAUUUUUUAAAUGAAGUAUGACAAACGUUUGCUAGACAAACACUGAGUAACGAAACAAAAAAUAAAAAUUAUGAAAAAAAAACUAAAUAAUAAAAUGAAAAAAUUAUGAAUUUGUUGAAACAGACAAAUGUGCGUUAACUAUUAAAUAGAGAAAAUGAAAAUGUGUAUUACAUUUUGACUAAAAUAGACACUUAAAUUACGAAUUAGCACUGGUACCAAAAAAGAGAUGAAGAACUUCGAGAAAUGUUUUUACGCGUGUUUUGUUCUAUUUCACAUACACACCAGGAUUUUUCCUCAUAGGCCAAACGUAAGGGAGUUUUUCCGUUUUCAUUUUCAUUUUCGAUUAUUAUCCAUACAUUGUCUUCUUGAGUUUCCAUUUCGAUUUUUCAAUAUACAUUAUAUAUACAUGCAAUAGGCAUUCUAUAUACACUUUUGUUCGUACAUUUAGUUUUGAUACAAAAAGAUGGUGAUGAUCAACAUAAGAUGAAACAUGAAAAAGUCUCUGUCGAUUUAUAAAUAACUGAUAAAGAAAACAUAAUGUAGGGUUAAAAAAAAACAA